AUGAGCCUGCCAAAGACUUUUAGACAAGCUGUUUUCAAAGAAGCUGGUGGCCCGUUAGUCCUUGAAGAGGCAAGCCUCACGCUUCCUGGAGAGGGAGAGAUCUUGGUCAAAGUCGAGGCGUGUGGUGUUUGCUUCUCGGAUACUUUUGCGCAGCUAAAUAGAGCUAACAUGCCGCUGGUCCCUGGCCAUGAGAUAGUUGGGAAAGUUGCUGCUGUGGGCAACGGCGUUUCAGGAUGGGCUGUUGGCGAUCGAAUUGGUGGUGGCUGGCACGGAGGACAUGAUGGCACAUGCAAAGCCUGCAGAACUGGAUGGUAUCAAAUGUGCGAUAACCAGGUCAUAAACGGUUUAACGAAAAGCGGCGGAUAUGCAGAAUAUUGCACCCUCCGCGCUGAGUCUGCUGUACGAGUCCCAUCAGAUGUCAAUGCGGCGGUGUAUGCGCCUAUGCUAUGUGCAGGCGUUACAGUCUUCAACUCAAUGCGCCAGAUGAACCUCACUCCGGGUUCAACAGUUGCUAUCCAAGGUCUAGGAGGACUUGGCCAUCUUGCGAUUCAAUUUGCCAAUAAAUUCGGAUUUCGUGUCGUGGCUGUGUCACGGGAUAGCAAGAAGGAGGAGUUUGCUCGACAGCUCGGUGCCCACGAGUAUAUCGAUACCAGCAAGGAAGAUGUCAGUGACGCUCUGCAGAAACUAGGCGGUGCUGCACUGAUCGUUUCGACGGCACCAGACAAGGAGGUUGUCACACCGUUGUUGAAGGGACUGGGAACACUGGGAAAGCUGCUAGUUCUGUCAGUCAUCGGCGAUUUUGCCAUAAAUACAGGUGUUCUGAUGCGAUACGGAACUUCAGUCCACUCCUGGCCAUGUGGCCAUGCAACCGAUUCAGAAGAGGCAAUCGAAUUUUCUAGACUGCAAGGUAUCGAUUGUAUGGUCGAGACCUUUCCAUUGGAGAGAGCCAAUGAUGCUUAUGACGCUAUGUUGAAAGGAAGUGUUCGGUUUCGGUCUGUGUUGGUGAUGGAAUAG